AUAUCAUAGUACUUGUCUCGUGACUUGUUGUUGCAACCUCAGCCAUUUGCAAGCCUGGUGUGGAGGAACCCUCCCUUAGGAUCUUAUUCCAGUGGUAAAUGUACGGCGUACACGAUCCAUGUCUCCUCCAUGCCUGGACAGGGUUUUCAGAUUCUUACCUUGAAUUGAAUCAGUGCUGAACUGUGGCUCUUUUCUUCCACCGUCCCUCCUCCCCUGUGGUCUCCGCCUAGAUGAGCUGCAUUGCCACCGUGGGUUUUGUCCUUUGAGACUAUAAUGUCAGUCUGAAGGCGUAGCCUUGACUCGAUUAACACCAUACAAGGAAUCCUCCCCCCUCCCAUGAUUAUACGGACUGUCUUCUGAAUUGACUCUUCGUGGUUUGCCUUCUUGAUUUGCGAGAGGCAAUACCUCUCAUACCUUUAACUUUAUUACAUUUCCUUGGACAAGAUGUCUUCUACAACAACUAUUUCAUCUCCCAGUGCAACCAACACUGAUCAUAAUGGGGCCAGUAACAAUACCAGCCCUACAAGCUCACCAUUGCUAUUCUUUGUUGCACUUGGGUUCGGUGUUGUUUUCACAAAUCUAUGGAUCAUCGUUGGAGUCAAGUAUUGUUUCCGAUAUAAUCAGCGGAACCGACAAAUUCGCGGUGAAGAAUCAGGGGAACCCAUAGAUUUACUAGCCAUGCCUCGGACACAUCGGCGACGGCGCGAAAAGAAGUUGAUGAGUAUGGACGAGGUUAACGAGCGUUUCCCACUCGUCAAAUACAAAGCUUGGCGUUCUUCCCGCGCUGACGAAGGUCUCUCUACUGCCGGUGGUAUUGCAGCCUCCAUUGUCGGUGAUCAUAACCUAGAUGAUGGCCAUGGCCGCUUUACCGCAUCUUUUGACGCGCUUGCCGCGCCAACACCACAGCUGAACGAUAAUCUACAGCUUGAAUCCGCUCCCACGGACGAUGACGAUGACGACGUCGGAAAUCAAAUACGUACGGCUAUUCCCGCCGAACUUCUGGCGAAUCCUGGUGACACCUGUGCCAUAUGUCUUGAUUCUAUUGAGGACGAUGAUGACAUACGUGGGCUCACCUGUGGCCAUGCAUUUCAUGCCUCAUGUGUCGACCCUUGGCUAACAGGUAGAAGAGCUUGUUGUCCACUAUGCAAGGCGGAUUACUAUGUUCCCAAGCCACGUGCGGAAACUCGUGAAUCUGCCAUCGACCAAGAACGCACCGGCCGUCGUCUCAUCGUGCCAGCUUAUCCUCAAUCUGUA